UGUGUUUCCCACAAUCUUUUGGAGACUGUCUUCCUUCUUUCUUUUUUUUUUUAAACUGUGAACUGUUUGUCUUAUUAGCAUUUCCUGAUUGGCAAGCUUAUAAACAUAUUCCACAACCUCUACAAAUACACAUUUUCUCAUUGCAUAAUUUCUUUCGAUGUGGUAUAAGGUGUUUGUCCAGUGAACAGAAACAUCUUCAGUUUUUCUCUAGUAAGAAGAUAAAGUAGUUAAAUGUAGACAUGUUCAGCAAUUAAUCAGACUGUCUUCUUUCUGCCCUCCUCUCUGCAGAGGGCUGUGUGUUAGAAAAGGCUGGAGGCGUGGCAGGACAACAAAAUAGAUCUCCUCACUUAUAGGGGAAACGGAAACGGUCAAAAGAUUUUUAAAGUACCAGAAGCUCCCCCUUAGAAGGAAAAGCCAAGUGGGGUGAAUCACAAAGAUGGGGACUGGUCCCUGGAGAUGCAGUGUGACUGACAACAGUAAAAACAAAGUAUUUGAAACAAGCCCCAAGCAGCACAUACAGGCAUCUUUGGUGUGUCCAUCAGGUAGGAGAAAAUAAAUGGAUCAGAGGCAACUCUGUUUUCAGAGCAGGUGGUGAUUGUAUGUUCUUGGCCUUUCCUUUUUUGUUUUUUGUUUGUAAUAACCCACAGUGCCCAGCGUGUCACUGAUAUUCAAUCACUGAAUAAGGGAGUGGACAGCACUUUGCUGGGAGUUGAUGUUGGGAGGCAGCAAAGGAGCUAAAGAGCCAUUGGCCUUUCCUUCCUAUCAAUAAUCUUUAUUAUGGACUUGGGAAGUUGCUGUUGGUUAGUAAUCCCAGAAAGAGAAGAUAGCCAGCAAGAGAGAAUAUAAUUAUAUAUAUAUUAUUUCCUGACUUUGGAGGUUUGCACGUGGUGGAUGCAGGGUUAUGGAAUCGGGAAUGUGAUAAGUAAAAUGAUCAUUAUAAUAAAAACAAAAUGUCUCGAAUUUGUAUAACACCUCAAAGGGCAUAAAAUGUGUUCAUGUCUGUAAUGAUAUUUAAAAUCUGAUGCUGUCUGUGACGUGAGCACCGCACCUCGUGCCUAGGAGUCCUGGGGCUGCGUGUCUUGCAUUCCAUGUCCUCCCCUACGGAGCAAGCUUUUCAGGAGAAGCCAACAUACAAUUUAGGCUUCCUCAUCUCUACUGCAUAUCACGUAUAUUUCAGGAAUUCUCAAAGAGGUAAAAACUCCUGACAGGUAAAAAUAAGCAAGAAGAGCUGAUAACGCUCUGUCCUGUCGUCAAAAGAUUUUGUUUAAACAUGGUCAGGACUCCAGGCAGCAUGGCAGGGCCUCUCUUUUUAUGGUUCAAAGUGCAUUUCAAGCCUUAGGUCUCUAGGAAGGUGGAAGAGGGUGCAGAUCAGCCCAGUCACAAUCCUUCCAUAUCUGAGAAGUACGGGAGGACGAGGGGUUCUCUCUGGCUACCUCCUCUCCUCUCCGCCUUAUCUGCACCAGGAGAUAUCCCUGGGCAUAAGGUGAGUUAUCUGUGCAAGUCUGAUUCUCUGGGUUUAAAGAGCAAGCCCUUUCAUCUACUUGUCCUCUCACGAGUGCACUGCAGGAGAAAGGUAGAGCCUGAGGCGCUCGGCAGGGCAACUCUAAUGAUUAGGCCAGUGCUCUGUCCGCUGGGGGUUCUGGCCCUUUCCUGAGCCCCGGGCUCACAGUGGAAGAUCGCUAGUGCUGGAAACCAGGCCCUUUUCCCCAAAAUGGAAGAUAGAGAUAGGCUUGGGCUCAGAUCCAGGAAAAUGAAUAGACAAAGAAAAUGAUCCUGGAUUCCAUCACCUGGUGAGUACUGGAAACCAUUUCUGAUUCGACACUCAUAUUCAGAAAGCAUUUUGAAGACAGACAUGCAGAUGUGCCCCUAGGUGACCUCGGAGAAUGCACAGAUUCUACUCACCUGUUCUUUCCAAUUUAUGGUCUAUUUGUUGGUGAAAUUUAGUUUCAGCCUUGUGGUUUCCAUGAUUGUUUUGCAUUCUGACAUAAUUCCUUCUUGACACUAUGUGUCUUGUGCAUUUGAAUGGCAAGGACAUACACGUAAUGAAGUAGUUUAUUAUUUAUUUAUUGGGCUGCAUUGGGUUUUCAUUGCCGCGCACGGGCUUUCUCUAGUUGCAGCGAGCGGAGGCUACACUUCAUUGCGGUGCACGGACUUCUCGUUGCGGUGGCUUCUCUUGUUGAAUGGGCUCUAGGCACGCGGGCUUCAGUAGUUGUGGCUCGCGGGCUCAGUAGUUGUGGCUCAUGAGCUUAGUUUCUCUGUGGCAUGUGGGAUCUUCCCGGAACAGGGCUCGAACCCGUGUCCCCUGCAUUGGCAGGUGGAUUCUUAACCACUGCGUCACCAGGGAAGUCCCAAUGAAGUAGUUUAAAGAACAUUGGGUUUGUAGUUAAAAGACUGAGGUAUGGGAAAUUACCUGGUGCUCCAGUGGUUAGGACUCUGCGCUUUCACUGCUGAGGGUGCGGGUUCAAUCCCUGGUCGGGAAAUUAAGAUCCCGCAAACUGCACGGCCAAAAGAAAGAAAAAAGUCUGGGGUAUGAAACCUUUCUCUGACAUUUAUUUACUUGCCUUUUGUUUUUUUAAAAACCCUAAUUCAGAACUUAAUCUCUCUGAGCCUCAGUUUCCUCCUGUGUGUGAAAGUGGCUAGCCUAGCAUGAUACAUCCACACUGUAGCUCAUCAAUAUAUGUUUAUUGGAUCUGAAAACAGGAAGGACAGCUCGGUUUUCAGAAAGUAAUUCUGGAAUCCUCUAGAUCUGAGCAGUUCUUUUCUAUCUUGCUUCCAACUUAACAUUGUCACUCCAUUAAGUGAAGUUUUUGGCUAGACAGCUCAGGGGUAAGGAUGAUGGGGGAAGAGAAGGGAAGGCUGAGUGACAGAGCCAGGAGGCAGAUGGUCUCUGUCUCGGGGUGCCACCUCCACAUAUUUUAUCUUCCUCACUUUGGGUCUUUGUGUCCUCUGCCCCAUAGCCCACAGCUAAUAACCCCCUUGACCCAGUGCAGUGCCCAGCUAGGCAGCGGGGCAUUUGUCUGUAUGAAGAUAAUAUGGCUGGCAGAUCCACUUGUGCAGAGAUGCAGGUGGUAAGAUUGAGGGUGAGGCAGGCAUAACAGAUUUAAUCACACCUUAUGGGAAUGGGACCAUGUGUCAUACAGUCUUUCGAGGAAUUUCUCACAACACAUAGGCAGACAGAGUACAGGAGAAUGCACCUAAAUUUUUUUUUUUUUUUUUUUUGGCCUCAACCUGUGGCAUGCGUGAUCUUAGUUCCCGGACCAGGGAUGAAACCCCUGCCCCCUGCAGUGGAAGCUUGGAGUCUUAACCACUGGACCACCAGGGAAGUCCCUGCAUCUAAUUUUUAAAGUUCUAUUUGUAGAUGAAUUUUGUUUUUCAGAACAACUCAAUCCUUGGGGAUUAUUCUCUAGUGCUCUUUGCAUCCUCUGAGGGUCAAGCGCUGAACUGGACUGCUGUGUGGCAAUGGGAGAUGAGAGGCGCAUGACGCGGAUGCUGUUGGAAUGCAGUCUCAGUGACAAGUUGUGUAUUGUCCAGGAGCAGCAGUAUGAAAUCAUCAUCAUCCCAACCCUUCUGGUUGGGAUCUUCCUCAUUCUCCUUGGGGUCAUCCUGUGGCUUUUCAUCAGAGAACAAAGAGAGCAACAGCAGUCUCCUGGACUACGAGGUGUUGCCCACGUGCCUGCAUCUAGGGGCCUAAGCUGGGAAGCAGCAAGACCUGAAGGAAGUGUGUUUGUACCGCUUAAGGAGACAUCGGUGGAAAGCCUUCUACGAACUUCCACACAUGCCCUGGCUAAGCUGCAGGUGCCCCGGGAGCACCUCUCUGAAGUUCUGGAGCAAAUCCACAAUGGUAGUUUUGGGACCAUCUACCGAACCAAGAUGUAUACUGGGGACCCUGAUGAGCCCAAGAGUGUUGUCCUCAAGGCUUUAAAAGAACCAGCUGGGCUCCAAGAGGUGCAGGAGUUCUUAGGGCAAAUCCAGUUCUAUCAGUACCUGGGGAAGCACAAGAACCUGGUACAGCUGGAAGGCUGCUGCACAGAAGGGCUGCCGCUCUAUAUGGUGUUGGAGGAUGUGGCCCAGGGGGACCUGCUCAGCUUUCUCUGGACCUGUCGCCGGGAUGUGAUGACCAUGGAUGGCCUUCCGUAUGACCUCACAGAAAAACAAAUAUAUCACAUAGGGAAGCAGGUCCUUUUGGCUGUGGAAUUUCUCCAGGAUAAGCAUCUGUUCCAUGGGUAUGUGGCAGCCAGGAAUAUCCUGAUCCAGUGUGAUCUCACUGCUAAGCUCUGCGGACUGGGCCUGGCUUAUGAAGUCCACUCCCGAGGGGCCAUCUCGUCUACUCGCAUCGUACCUCUCAAGUGGCUCGCCCCAGAACGGCUUCUGCUGAGACCAGCUGGCAUCAAAGGAGACAUCUGGUCUUUUGGGAUACUGCUCUACGAGAUGGUGACUCUAGGGGCACCUCCAUAUCCUGAAAUUCCUCCUACCAGCAUCCUACAGCAUCUCCAAAGAAGGAAAAUCAUGAAGAGACCCAGUAGCUGCACACACACCAUGUACGGUCUCAUGAAGUCCUGCUGGCGUUGGAGUGAGGACAGCCGCCCCUCACUUAGAGAGCUACACUCACGCCUAGAAACUGCCGCUCGAACUGCCAAUGACAAGGCUGUGUUGCAAGUACCAGAAUUGGUGGUGCCUGAAUUGUACGCAGCUGUGGCAGGCGUCAGUGUGGAGAGUCUCUCCUAUAGCUAUAGCAUCCUUUGAAGAUCCUGGGGCAGCACACAUUUUUGGGAGAUCAUAUACUCUUGGAACCAAUUCCUCCAAGAACAGAGACAAGACUUUCUAGUGGGACAUAAAGGGAGGAAUGGGACAUGGAUCCUGCAUCUUCCCCUACACAUUUCCCCAGAAACCUGAAAUGAUGCUAGAUGAGGCUGCACGCAGCAUAUACCCUCGAGACUGAGAAGUACAGUUUCAUUUCUGUUAUCCCAGUACUGAAGAUGCAGGGUAGAUGGGAUGGACCAUGUCAAUGCAAGGCAGGUUUUACAAGUCUGCAGUGUUUGUCGCAGCAUGGCACAGAUAAGCUGGUCCCUCCCACCACAGGCUGGUUUCCUUUGAAACAUGCUUUUAUCUAGACUAUUAUAAGGUCCAGAAAAUUGGAAUCAAAUGAGGGAAGAGAAAGCUGAUAAAGGAGUUGAUGAGAAGAAAAUUGAAGGUUCUACUUGCUCAGGAGUAUAGAUGAGGACCAAGGUCAUCCUUCAGAGAGAAGGGGGAGGAAGGACAUACAGGACUUCAUUCCUGGUCCGUUCAUGCAGGGCUGAAGGAGAACCAUUAAGAAAGACUUCUGAGCUCCCCCUAAGGUGUAUAUAGGAGAAAUAUGGUCCCCUUUGAUCUAAUUCUGAGGUAGGUGAACCCUGUUGGUACUAUUUUAACUAGAAGCUGGCGGGGUCAUUUCAUGAUUAAGAACAUUCAACAUGUACUUUUCAACAGUCUGGCUUCCUGGCCCCUAUGAGACUAGGGAGACUGAGCCCAGAGGGUCGAUUGGGUCGAUGAUGAAUACACUGUGUAUUUAAUAAAUGGGAAAUAUGGAAGUCAAGCAAAAGUGCUUAGUAGGCAAGGACGUCUUUAAAAGGGCUAGAAAAGGAUGUAACCUGAGAUGGAAGGAUGAUAGGUUCCCAUUUUCAAUCAUCCAGUGAUCUUCUGUGAAACUUAUUUCAUUAAAUUCAUAUUUAUUGAGUGAAAGUAGGCUUUUCAGGUUAUACAGUUGCCAAAAUCUCUCCAAGAGGGAGGAUAACAGUAGAUAAAUGAAAGCUAAUGACAACAGAAAAAUUCAAGAGGCAAUCUACGUUGUCAGAAAAGGGAUUCCUCAUGUGUGAAAAGGGGAUGCUACCUACCUCACAGAGUUGUCAUGAGGAUUGAAUGAGAGGAUAUAUUUGUACCGUAUCUGGCACAUACUAUGUGCUCAAUAAAUGUUAAUUUCCUUACUCUCAUCCUUACUAGCCUAGAAUCUUUCAUAUCUUUGUCAUUUAACACCUACGGUGCCCAAGAAGAGAACCUCAGUCUGUCAGUCACACUGCAAGGGAGGACAUGCUUAAAGAUGAUGGGAUGGUACAAAUACCACUCGACUGAAAUGAGGAAGUCGUAAUUUUUGUGUGAGCGUGUGGAUGGUGACAGUCAUCUCCUACUAGUUCAAAAUACUGGAAAUAUCAUGAUAAUGACAGUUCAGUUGAACACGUGGUCUGUGAUUUUAAACAAUACCUUGGAUGCUCUAGAAGGGACAUCCAAGGCUGCUAUAGGAAAAUGACUGGCAGUUGAAAAACUUGCAGAAGUUAGAAUCCUGAUGGAGUCAUGAUGAGUCGCCCAACUGAAUAAUGAUUCUUGCACCUCUAGGAAUACCACAAUGACUAGACAGAAUUUAAAUGCGUGGUAAGCAGCAAUAGAGAGAAGGGAGGAAGAAUGGCUCAGCACAAAAUGAUGAAGUCCUAUGGAAUCUCAUUGUUCUCAGCUGUUCAUUUAAGUCAAAUUUACAAAAUAUUUAUUUAUUUAUUCAACUAUUUUCAAAGAAUAGAGUGUUAAGGACAACUGUGCCAGACACUGUGCUAGGUGUUGGAUAAAAAGAAAUGGAGAGCUUUGGCUUACAGUCUAGAAAGCAAGAGACACUAUAUACACAUUUAUGUGGGUAUUUGUUAAUUACAACUGUGAUAAGUGCUGUGAAGAAAAAGUAUAGGGUAGUAGAAGGGAGUAUAAAAUGGGGACCUCCCUGAAAAAAUGGUAUUUAGACUGAGACCUUAGGGAUGGGUGAGUAAGCCUGACAGUGAGGAGAAGAGACUUCCAGUUGAAGGAUUAUAUAUGUGAAAACUCUGAGGCAAGAAAAAGCUCAGUUUGAGGAACUGCAAGGAGGCUAGUGGGAGGGAGGUAUAGUGAAGUGGGAGGAGAGUGGUGCAUGAUGAAACUGAGCAUUGCUCUUUCACGCUGUAUUUUUUUUUUUUUGCAAGGGAAAUAAUGAAUUCACCUUUACCAAUGAUAUUCAAAGUAGCACUCGACACUCAUCCAUCAGGGGUAAAUUAGGAAUAAUAAAAAUCAACUCUACCAACAGUCUGGGAAUAGAUCAGAUGAUCCAAGAGGGAAUACUUCUCAAAAUCCCCACCAUGUACAAAAAUAGACUCAAUGGAAAAGAGCAGCCUUUAAAAUAUGUAAGAGAAAAAAAUAUUAAUUCUACAAAUAGUUAUUCAUUGUAUACCACACACAAAGCUCAAAGUUAGCUUCUAUGGAAGAAAUAAAGACAAAUCCUGAAUGA